ACUUGGCUGGGUCUCCCAAGCCUUCUCCACUCUCCAAACUUUCACCAAACUCUUGGCCCCCGCCUCCCCGAAACCAAAACACAACAAGCUCCGGAGGAGCCUCGAGCGGCGCGGCGGGGCGGGCGGACUCGCGGCGGCUCUGAGCCUCGGGAGGCUGAUGCAACUUUCCCUUUAAGAAAGCCACCUGGGCGCACCGCGGUGCGGACCCAGCGCCCGGCCGGGGGCUGCAGCAUGCUCUUGAGAUCUGUGGUCUGAAAGGUGCUGGAAGCGGAGCCUGUGAGUGCAGUCCAGGACUCCAGAGUCCCCCAGCCUGCUGCUGCUAUGGUAGGAAAAGGUGCCAAAGGGAUGCUGAAUGGUGCUGUGCCCAGCGAGGCCACCAAGAGGGACCAGAACCUCAAACGGGGCAACUGGGGCAACCAGAUCGAGUUUGUACUGACGAGCGUGGGCUAUGCCGUGGGCCUGGGCAAUGUUUGGCGCUUCCCAUACCUCUGCUAUCGCAACGGGGGAGGCGCCUUCAUGUUUCCCUACUUCAUCAUGCUGAUAUUCUGUGGGAUCCCUCUCUUCUUCAUGGAGCUCUCCUUUGGCCAGUUUGCAAGUCAAGGCUGCCUGGGGGUCUGGAGGAUCAGCCCCAUGUUCAAAGGUGUGGGCUACGGCAUGAUGGUGGUGUCCACGUACAUCGGCAUCUACUACAACGUGGUCAUCUGCAUCGCCUUCUACUACUUCUUCUCGUCCAUGACGCACGUGCUGCCCUGGGCCUACUGCAAUAACCCCUGGAACACGCCCGACUGCGCUGGGGUGCUGGAUGCCUCCAACCUCACCAACGGCUCCCGGCCUGCCGCCCUGCCCGGCAACCUUUCCCACCUGCUCAACCACUCCCUCCAGAGGACCAGCCCCAGUGAGGAGUACUGGAGGCUCUACGUGCUCAAGCUCUCAGACGACAUUGGGAACUUUGGGGAGGUGCAGCUGCCCCUCCUCGGCUGCCUCGGUGUCUCUUGGGUGGUAGUCUUCCUCUGCCUCAUCCGGGGGGUCAAGUCUUCAGGGAAAGUGGUGUACUUCACGGCCACCUUCCCCUACGUGGUGCUGACCAUCCUGUUCGUCCGAGGUGUGACCCUGGAUGGAGCCUUCACGGGCAUCAUGUACUACCUGACCCCGCAGUGGGACAAGAUCCUGGAGGCCAAGGUGUGGGGCGAUGCUGCCUCCCAGAUAUUUUACUCGCUGGGCUGCGCGUGGGGGGGCCUCAUCACCAUGGCUUCCUACAACAAGUUCCACAACAACUGCUACCGGGACAGCAUUAUCAUCAGCAUCACUAACUGUGCCACCAGCGUCUAUGCGGGCUUUGUCAUCUUCUCCAUCCUGGGCUUCAUGGCCAACCACCUGGGCGUGGACGUGUCCCGCGUGGCUGACCACGGCCCAGGCCUGGCCUUCGUGGCUUACCCCGAGGCCCUCACGUUGCUGCCCAUCUCCCCACUCUGGUCUCUGCUCUUCUUCUUCAUGCUCAUCUUGCUGGGGCUGGGCACUCAGUUCUGUCUCCUGGAGACACUGGUCACGGCCAUUGUGGACGAAGUGGGAAAUGAGUGGAUCCUGCAGAAAAAGACCUACGUGACCCUGGGUGUGGCUGUGGCUGGCUUCCUGCUGGGCGUCCCCCUCACCAGCCAGGCAGGCAUCUACUGGCUGCUCUUGAUGGACAACUACGCGGCCAGCUUCUCCCUGGUCAUCAUCUCCUGCAUCAUGUGCGUGUCCAUCAUGUACAUCUACGGGCACCGCAACUACUUCCAGGACAUCCAGAUGAUGCUGGGGUUCCCGCCGCCCCUCUUCUUCCAGAUUUGCUGGCGCUUUGUCUCUCCAGCCAUCAUCUUUUUCAUUCUUAUCUUCACGGUGAUCCAGUACCGGCCAAUCACCUACAACCACUACCAGUACCCUGGCUGGGCCGUGGCCAUCGGCUUCCUUAUGGCUCUGUCGUCUGUCAUUUGCAUCCCUCUCUAUGCCCUGUUCCAGCUCUGCCGCACAGAUGGGGACACCCUCCUCCAGCGCUUGAAAAAUGCCACAAAGCCAAGUAGAGACUGGGGCCCUGCCCUCCUGGAGCACCAGACUGGGCGCUAUGCCCCCACCAUACCGCCGUCUCCCGAAGAUGGGCUUGAGGUCCAGCCGCUGCACCCGGACAAGGCCCAGCUCCCCAUGGUGGGCAGCAACGGGAGCCGUCUGCAGGACUCCCGGAUAUGAGCACAGCUGGCCUGGGGAGUGCCCGCCCCGCCCGUGCUCCCACCACAGAGACUGGGGAGGCAGGCGACGGGUGUCGCCACCUGCCCCUGCCAUGCCCUGGCCAGGGCGGCUGCUGUCCCCUUGGUCGCCACUGGUAGCGUGGUCAUUUGUGCUCGUGUCCCCAGUGUUUACAGGUCCUUUGGAUGCCAAGACGGCAGCUGGGGAUGGGUGUGGGCCAUGGGGGGGUGGCGGGGGGGGGCGGGGGGCGCUCAAAGCACUUUGGAGGGUGGUCUCAGGCCAGGUCCCCAGAGAUCUGCUGGGCUUUACAUGGCCUCUGAUGCCCCCACACUCUGCCCUGAGCUGAGGUUCUAGGUGGGCCCCUACCUGUCCCCCUCCUUGGGCCUCCACCUCCUGACCAGUGUUCCUGCCCUCAGAGCAGACCCCGGCCUCCACCCGGGCAGAUUUGGGUCUUCCUAUCUGGGGCCAGGGUGAGGGGCUGAGGGGGCUGUACAGUGUUACUUGUCAGGCCGCGCCGCCCAGCCCUGUUUGUCUAUGUAAUUAUUUUUGUAAAAAUCGUAUUCUCUGUGAUUGCCAUUCCCAUGCCCCCAGCCACGGGCCCCGUUUGUCUUCCAGGCCUGCCUGCACCUCACUCGGCUGCCCUGGGGUCUCUGCGCCUCAUUCCAGCCCUGGCUGUCAGGCCCAGCCAGCAGAGGCCCACGACCCAGCAGCCUGCCCAAAGCACUAGUUUCUGGGGGGUAGGGGUGGGGUGCUCCUCAGCAGGAGGUUUGAGCCCAGAGCCCCGGGGAAGGGGACCUUACAUGAAACCCCCUUGCCCUCCCUCCACCAGGCAAAAGGCCCAGGAUUCCCAAACUGGGCUGCCCUUGUUCAUGUGCCAAAUGGCCCCAGCCCGCGUGCCCCAUCCCCUCUCUGGAGCCGAGCUCAUUCCCCCCAAGCCCUGCAGUGUCCGUUUGUCCGUCCUCUGUGCCCCUCUGUGCCGUGACAGCCCCGGAAGAGCCGCCUCUAAUCCUCUGUAGCAAUAACGGUGCACCACCCGCCCCUACCCAUCCGUGUGCACCACUAGGAUUUUAAAGUCCAUAGAUUUUAAUGAAAUUUCUAUUCCUGUCUCUGA